AUUAUUUCUAUUGUCCUCUCCACUAUUCUCGCUAUUGUUUCCUUUUGGCUCCCCCAAAUAACCCCUGAUCAUGAAAAACUUUCCCCCUAUGAAUGUGGCUUUGACCCCCUAGGGUCUGCGCGCCUACCCUUCUCCCUCCGCUUCUUCCUCGUCGCAAUCCUCUUCCUCCUCUUCGACUUAGAAAUCGCGCUACUCCUCCCCCUCCCCUGAGGGGACCAACUCUCCUCCCCCCUCAUAACAUUCACCUGAGCCUUUACUGUUCUUAUCUUAUUAACCCUCGGCCUAAUUUAUGAAUGAAUUCAAGGGGGCCUAGAAUGAGCUGAAUAGGCUGUUAGUUUAAGAAAAACCCUUGAUUUCGGCUCAAGAACUUGUGGUUAAAGUCCAUAACCGCCUAAUGACUCCUACACACUUCGCCUUUUCCUCAACCUUUCUUCUCGGCCUAGCAGGCCUAGCAUUUCACCGAACUCACCUUCUUUCCGCCCUCCUAUGUUUAGAAGGAAUAAUACUCUCACUCUUUAUUGCCCUCUCCAUAUGAACCCUUCAGCUUAACUCUGCUAGCUUUUCAGCCUCCCCCAUACUUCUCCUGGCUUUUUCAGCCUGUGAAGCAGGGGCCGGUCUCGCACUACUCGUCGCUACUGCCCGCACCCACGGAACAGACCGACUCCAAAGCCUGAAUCUUCUGCAAUGCUAAAAAUUCUCCUCCCCACUAUUAUGCUCAUCCCCACUAUUUGAAGCAUCCCAGCCAAACACCUCUGAUCCGCCGCCCUUUCUUACAGCUUAGCUAUUUCCUUAAUUAGCUUAACCUGACUAAAAUCGUCCGCAGAAUCAGGCUGGUCCUUCCUUAGCCCUUACAUGGCAACUGACCCCCUCUCCACCCCCCUCCUCGCACUAACCUGCUGACUUCUCCCUUUAAUAAUUCUUGCAAGUCAAAACCACACAGCAUCUGAACCUUUCUCCCGCCAACGAACCUACAUCACUCUCCUUACAUCCCUACAAAUUUUUCUCAUUAUAGCCUUCAGUGCAACCGAAGUAAUUAUAUUUUAUAUUAUAUUUGAAGCCACCCUCAUUCCAACCCUAGUAAUUAUUACUCGCUGAGGAAACCAAACAGAACGACUAAACGCGGGCACUUACUUUCUAUUUUAUACGCUAGCAGGAUCCCUCCCGCUACUCGUCGCCCUUUUACUUCUCCAAAACAGUACUGGAACCCUAUCCCUCCUGACACUACAAUAUGCCCCUUCCAUACAACUUUUCUCUUUCGCUGACAAGCUAUGAUGGGCCGGGUGCUUACUCGCCUUUUUAGUAAAAAUGCCCCUUUAUGGGGCCCAUCUUUGACUUCCCAAAGCACACGUUGAAGCCCCAAUCGCCGGUUCCAUAGUACUAGCCGCAGUUUUACUAAAACUGGGGGGUUACGGAAUAAUACGCAUAAUGAGUAUGCUAGAGCCCCUCACCAAGGAACUCAGCUAUCCCUUUAUUAUUUUAGCCCUCUGAGGAGUGAUUAUAACAGGCUCCAUCUGUCUACGCCAAACAGACUUAAAGUCACUAAUUGCUUACUCCUCAGUAAGCCACAUAGGUCUUGUAGCAGCAGGAAUUCUAAUCCAAGCCCCCUGAGGCUUUACAGGCGCCCUCAUUCUAAUAAUCGCACACGGCCUGACUUCCUCCGCCCUCUUCUGUCUUGCCAAUACAAAUUACGAACGCACACACAGCCGGACUAUAGUUUUAGCCCGAGGACUUCAAGUGGUCUUGCCCCUAAUAACCGCGUGAUGAUUCAUUGCCAGCCUUGCAAACCUUGCCCUUCCCCCUCUUCCAAAUUUAAUAGGAGAACUAAUAAUUAUUACCUCCUUAUUCCACUGAUCUUGAUGAACAAUUGCACUUACCGGGGCUGGGACCCUUAUUACUGCAGGCUACUCCUUGUACAUGUUCCUUAUAACACAACGAGGACCCCUACCAGCACAUAUUACUUUCCUCGACCCAACACAUUCCCGAGAACACCUACUCCUGACCCUCCACCUCCUUCCCCUAAUUCUUCUAAUCUCCAAGCCCGAAUUAAUCUGAGGCUGGACUGCCU